GCGCCGGGGAGUUGCGGAGUCCGCCGCGCUCUGUGGGUCCCUGCGAGUCUCAAGGCGGCGGCGCCGUCGCGGGUGUGCGCCGUUCAAUAUUACACUGCAAGUCAAUCGCUACAAUAAUUUAAGUCACUUGGACACUAAUGGAAAAGUAUGAAAAACUAGCUAAAAUUGGAGAAGGGUCUUACGGGGUUGUAUUCAAAUGCAGAAACAAAUCCUCUGGACAAGUAGUAGCUAUUAAAAAAUUUCUGGAAUCUGAAGAUGACCCUGUUGUUAAGAAGAUAGCACUAAGAGAAAUACGCAUGUUGAAGCAGUUAAAACAUCCCAACCUUGUGAACCUCAUUGAGGUGUUCAGGAGAAAAAGGAAGAUGCACCUAGUGUUUGAAUACUGUGAUCAGACACUUUUAAAUGAGCUAGAAAAAAACCCAAAUGGAGUGGCUGAUGGGACGAUCAAAAGUGUGUUGUGGCAAACCCUUCAAGCUCUGAAUUUCUGUCAUAAACAUAAUUGUAUUCACAGAGAUGUAAAACCUGAAAACAUUCUAAUAACUAAGCAAGGAAUAAUCAAGAUCUGUGACUUCGGAUUUGCUCGGAUUCUGAUUCCAGGAGAUGCCUACACCGAUUAUGUGGCCACCAGGUGGUACCGAGCCCCUGAGCUUCUUGUGGGAGACACACAGUACGGCUCUUCAGUGGACGUCUGGGCAACUGGCUGCGUUUUUGCUGAACUUCUGACAGGCCAGCCACUCUGGCCAGGAAAAUCAGAUGUGGACCAACUUUAUCUGAUAAUCAGAACACUGGGAAAACUAAUCCCAAGACAUCAGUCUAUCUUUAAAAGUAACCAGUUUUUCCACGGCAUCAGCAUACCUGAACCUGAAGUCAUGGAAACUCUUGAGGAAAAGUUCUCAGAUGCUCACCCCGAGGCUCUGAAUUUCAUGAAGGGGUGUCUGAAGAUGAACCCGGACGACAGGUUCACCUGCGCUCAGCUCCUGGACAGCCCCUACUUCAAUUCUUUUCGAGAGGAUCAAGUGAAAAGAAAAGCACGCAAUGAAGGGAAAAGCCGAAGGCGUCAGCAGAAUCAACUGUUGCCUCUCCUACCGGGAAGCCACAUCUCCCCCACACCUGAUGGAAGAAAACAAGUCCUCCAGUUAAAAUUUGAUCAUUUUCCAAACAUUUAGGAAAAUGUUCUUUCAAGUGUGAAGUAACUUAAUAUGUACAUAUUUUUGUACAAGCAAGAUAGGAAUUCAGUGUUUCAAAUGCAAAUGAGCCAUAUGAAAAUUAAGAUGCCUUCUACAACUGUCUUGCUCAGAUCAUUGCGGAUUCCUUUCCCUGCCCUUUUUACAUGCCAACUUUAUCUUUUAGAACAUUUUCUUUAAAUGUUGUAAGGCCUGAAACAGCACAUACGGAGAGAACAUUUUCAAUAUCAUCCCAGAAGAUCCUUCUUCAACAACUCAUGUUGAGAAUUUGUGGGCUCAUAAUGUGAUGUAUGAAGAGAUUUCCAUGUGUCCUCUUGCUUCAGCUGACCCCAGAAUACCUUAAAGCAAUACCAGAUCUCCAGACUAGCCGUUGUUCGUGUCAGGAAUUACAGUGUGUUCCUGUAUUUUAAUUCACUCUCAUUGGAACCAGGACAAUGCCAGUAGUUGGGCAAUGCCUGUAGUUUGUUGUGUGUGUUUGUAUUAGCAUAGGAAGCGAACGCUGAAAGCUUGAUUCUUAGGCAGACUCAACCAUCUCUACUUCAUGAGACACUGAGGAUUCGAUUUUUAAGGCUAGCUAGAGAAAAUUCCAUGCAAAAUGCAUACAUAGCAAAUGGCGGGGAGAUGGAAAGCACCCACAUCCUCGUGACAAGAGUGCUGCGCACUGGCCGGCUCCAGUCCGCGGUGGCGCCGUUUCUUUCUCUCCUGGCUGGAUCAUCUCCAUCCCCUUGGGCGCGUGCUGUGUCAUCGCCAGCGCUUUCUUCCAAGCAUUGGCAGCGCGGUGCUCUGGUGUGUGCAGCCUUAAUCUAGCAAGUACAGCAGAGUCAACUUGAAUAUGUAAGUGCUUACAGGAGCGGGUCAAGACUGUCAUUCAGUUAAUGUCAUUUUGUGUUUCUUUCCAAAAAAAA